CCGGAGGUGCUGGGGUUUCUGACAGCUAUUGGACUCUUCAUCAUCCUCAUGACCUUCCUCUUCUGGUACCUCAACAAUAAGUUGGAACUAGAGAAUCCAGGGAGCCUGCAGUGUCUUGAUGAGUUCAGGAAAACCACAGAUCUGCAAGAGAAGGCCUACUGUGAUGCCAACCUGCAGGGCUCAUCAUCAGACAGCGAGGAUGAGCUGAUGGGUCAGUAUCAGGAAGCGGUCAGCCGCUCCCAGGGCCUCCGGGGAGGAGCCAAGGCAGCAGCUACUGUCAAGCAUGGAGGAGGCUUCAUCUGGAAGAGCCGACAUAAGUACAGCCCCUUGAGUGCAGAAUAUGACGGCUACAGCAGCGAAGCUUCGGCCGACGACGUCAACUGCAUUCAGCGUAUGAGACGCACACCGCCACUGGAUGAGCUUCAGCCACCGCCCUAUCAGGAUGAGAAUGGCUCUCCACGGAUGUCUUGCACAAUGUCUGACCUGGGUGACGCCAAGUGUGAUCUUUCCCAAACCAGCGGCAGUCCCCACCUUUCCUUUGGUAAAUGUUACAGUGUGGACAGUGAUGACCAUGAGACUGAGAGUUACCUCAACAAGGGCUAUGAGGAGGAUGUACCCAGUGACAGUACCGCCGUCCUCAGCCCAGAGGAUAUGUCAGCCCGAGGAUCAGCAGCGCGGCUUCCUAAAGGUUACGAACCAGAUCCCAUUGCAAAAUACGGCACUCUGGAUGUAGUGUUUGACUAUGACUCAGAGGAGCAGCAGCUGGCGUUGACCAUCAUGGCAGUAACGGACCUUCCCGCCCACAAACGCACCGGCAACUUUUCCUGGCAGGUCCACCUGGUGCUGCUUCCCACCAAGAAGCAGAGGGCAAAGACGGGGAUCCAGAGAGGCCCAUGCCCCGUCUUCACAGAGACCUUCCGCUUCAGCCACGUGGAGUCAGAGAUGAUCAGCAAUUACGCCCUCCGCUUCCGCCUUUACAGUAUGCGGCGGAUGAAGAAGGAGAAGGUGCUCGGGGAGAAGGUCUUCUACCUCACCAAGCUCAACCUUCAGGGCAGAGUGUCUGUGCCAGUCAUACUAGACCCAUGCUGUGCUCUCCUGGCUGGUGAAUCCCAGGUCAGCCUCUCAGAUAUGACAUGCAGUGAAAGCGCCUCAUCAUUCCAGUCAGUCAGUCAGACUUCCACACCAGAGAUCCUUGUGGGCCUGGUGUACAACGCCACGACAGGACGUCUCUCUGUGGAGAUCAUCAAAGGCAUCCAUUUCAAAAACCUAGCUGCCAACAAGCCACCCAAUGGACUGUUCUGUUGUCUAAAACACUUAAUAGGUGGACAGGUUUAUAUAAUCAGAGAUACAUAUGUUAAGCUGACCUUACUGAACUCCAUGGGUCACGAGAUGUCCAAGUGUAAGACAUCCAUCUGUCGGGGUCAGCCCAACCCAACCUACAAAGAGACGUUUGUAUUCCAGGUAGCCCUUUUCCAACUAUCGGACGUCACGCUCAUCCUCUCCGUCUACAACAAGCGCAGCAUGAAGCGCAAAGAAAUGAUUGGUUGGAUUUCACUUGGCCUAAACAGCUCUGGAGAGGAGGAGCUCACCCACUGGACACAGAUGAAAGAGUCCAAAGGACAGCAGGUUUGCCGCUGGCACAGUUUGCUGGAGUCCUAACAGCAACAGAAGAGUCCGAUGAAGGAGUUCUUAGGGGUAACUGUACAGAGCAGUUGCUGUCCCAGAGGAGCGAGACAUGGAUUCAGCAGGGAAAGAGGAAUGUUACAGAACCAUGUGUUCAGUUUUUAAUCACAGCAUAGCAUAAUAGUUUUCAUGGUACUGUGUCUAAACUCACAACCAUUGAUUAAUAGUACGGAGAGAAAUGUGAUGCCAAGGGACACUCUGUCCUUGAACUGGUUAAGAUAUAGCCUGUUCCUAGAGGCAGGUCCUGGAUAAUAUUCAUCAGAAAAUGAAAGUCUGGGAAAUUUGUGUACCCACACCUCUGGCUCAAACAUCGGAUAAUCCUUAAUCUUCUCAUAGAGGCUUCAAUUAUGAUCCUUGAGCAAGUUUUGAAGGUCUCGGAGUUAAAAUCAUUGGUGUUCUGUGCAUUUAUAGAUUGAACCUUUCCUUUAGAAAAACCAGAAUAGAAAAUAAAUGGCAAUUGCUCACAUGAGCAAAAUUCCUAGUUACUUAAAUGUUAAAGUCACAGUUAAAUGAAAAUUUAAAUUGUGAUAACCUUCUUACUUGCCCAAUGAGAUCAUGUUACAUAGGCUACUAGAUAUAGCACACAUUUACAGAUUUUUAUAAUUAUUUAAUUUUAAAAAGUGUGACGUCAUAUUACUUUGAAAGGGGUACAUUAAGUGUUGCAAAUAUUACUGUUUGUGUUAUAUUCGACAGACAUUAAAACUGUGGUGGCAGAUCAUUUUCACAGUCUAUUUUGCUGUGAAACAUGAAAGGUACGCAGAGGAAAAAUCUGAAGAAGAGCAGCGCGGCCAGAAAUAUGUCCCCAGAGAUAGUAUAUCUCUUUAAUUUCAUUGUAACUUUGCGCAUCAAAGUGAAGUGAUUUGAAACAUAUAAUGGGGCUCUUUACAGCCUACAGAGAAUUGUUUUUGAAGAGUUGAGUCCAAAUUAAAUCAAAGCCAUUUCAACGAAUUCUUCUGUCUCAGUCGACACUGCCGCGGCAAAAUAUCUCAACAUUUGUCUGAGCCUCGAACAAAUGGCCACUUUUCGAGCAAGUCAAAUUUAUGACAUCGCUGAAAGCCACAGUGUCAUGGUUGACAUGAUCCCUGAGAGUCAGUGAACUUUUGUCAUUUAUUGGAAAGCUAUACUUUACGGAUGCACAGACUGAAAUGUGUAGAAAGGUUAUGUAGUUACCGCGGUGGUUUGGUAAUCUUGAGUUUCCAUCGACCAAUCAACAGCCGCAGCGAAUGGCAAGGACAUUUUCAAAGGAAUCUCAAGACACAGAUGUUACAGAUGUCUCUUGGAUAAAAAUAACGUAUUGACACAUCACAGAGUAAAUUAACAAGUGAGAAGAAAAUGUACCUGUUAGUCUCUUUCGCCUGCUUUGGUGCUAUGUCUGUUCUGUGGCUGCACACACACAGAAUCCCUUGCCUUAUGCUCUAGUCAGUUCACACAUUAUUUCCAGUAGACCCAGUUGAAAAACGGACACACACACACCCUCAGAGCACACACACCUGCAUCUAUGAUUGCAGAAAGCAUACACACAUGGGCACGCAUGCACACACAUACACACACACACACAGUCACACACAGUACAGCACCAGUCCGUUCCGACUGUUUUCGUAGGAGCCUCAGAAUGCAGACUGUGGGUUACGGGUUGCAUUCUUCGGCGUGGACACUUGCUCACUUCAUUUAAUUUACAGUCGACAACUAACACAUACACAUAUACUCCUUACUGUGCCUGUAGCUGUGUUGAAAACUAGCUUUGUGCAGUGUUACCAAGCGCGCGCGUGUGUGUGUGUCUGUGUGUGAGUGUGUGUCUGUGUGUGUGUUGAAUGGGAAGUUGCAGUAAAGGGAGCCUAGGGGGCUGUGAUAUCAGUAGUUGUUUCAUUUUCUUGCUGGUUGGGAUCAUUUAUAACUUUGAUUGCUGGCAUUUAGAACAAAACCACUUCUUGAUUGUCAUAAAUUUUAUAUACAGUAAAUGUUUUCUUAUCUAUUUUUGUAACAAUAAUUGGGAAGAAAUUGUGUCACGACAGUUAUUAGUGAAAUAUUAACCAACUCUGUGAGCAAUACAAUUGUGGACUGCUUCUCGUAACGCAUUAUGUCUUAUAGCAGCUGGUCCUCUUUACAUUCUCUGAAAAGCCACAGAGCGCUGUGAUGGAGAUCAGGGGAGCUCAUAUCCAACCAAUCUGUCAAGACUUCUUAGCAUUGAUGCUUUGGAACAGUGUGAAUCAAAAGCACAGCCUUUACAGCACAAAGUUGAAACACACCAUGUGAAAGACUUAAGGUGAAAUCGAUCGCACAUAUAUCAUUUGCAUCCACGAUAGGAUUGUAAAUCCACUGUUACAUGACCAUACUGAAUUAGAUGUAUUUUUUCCGCAAACAAGGUAAAUCAACAGAAUGUGUGUGGGUAUAUACUUUAAAUGUGCUUGAAAGGUGAACAUGUAUCAAUGGAAGUCUGACGGCAGCCAUGUUUUUGUGCAUUUCAGUUUCUCCCAUGAUGGUGAAAAUAAAUAAAACCAGAAAAGAUUAGCAAUUGAAAAAUCAUUUUUGUAAAAUGUACAGUCCAACCUUACCCGGGAGAAUCACACUUUGUCUUAUUGCAUGCUUAACAUGCGAUUUACUUAUUUAGAUGAUAAAACCAGGUAUUGCCAUCAAAUACGGGAGAAAAAGAGGAAAAACUUCGGCAUGCAGAUGGUCAGACUGGGGAUAGAACUGCCGACCUUCAGGUUGGAGGACGACCACUAUACCCCUCAGCCCCUCUGGGACCUCUGUCCUGUCAAGUCAUGUUCAGCCAGUCAAUUAAAACGUGUGUACUUUUAUUGUGUUUUCUAACUGUAUUGAAAUUCAGGCCACACUCAUUUUUUAAAUGAUACGGUAAGUACAUUUAUUUCAAAUGCUAUCAAUUUGAUGUAAUUAUUUAAUGUUCAGUAUCUAAUUUGAUUGCAAUUGAUUGGUUAUCCAAGUGCUUAAAAGUAAUAAGUUAUGGCCUUUCUUUGCCUCCAUACACAUGACACAGAAACCUGCUAUGUGAAGAACAUCCCCUGUUUUGCUUGUCUUCCGCAAAAUGUGUUUCACUAAUAAGAUGUUUAAACCAGAAUAUUUAUGCUUAGAAGUACGGUUUAUUUUUUCUUUAAUUUUCUUGUGACGUUUUUAACUUUUCUGUUUUUGAACACUGGUCCUUAUUUAAUUUUUUUCUUUUAGUUUUGAAAUGACCUAUGCCACAGACGGCAUCGGUGCCUUACUGUUUUUCACUAAGCUAACCUUCGUCACAGUGUCUUAAAGGGGACAUAUUAUGAAAAUUCCACUUUUGUAGUGCUUUUACACGUUCAUUUGGCUAGGGUAGAGCUGGGUAAUGUGGGACAUUUUUUACAUUUGCUCCCCUCUAGGCGAGCUAGAAUGAUAUACCAGUAAAAUUUACACAUUUCCCAUUAAUUCAGGAUGUUUUCUAGCAAUUGAAAUGAUCAGAAUAUCUUCAGGACAAAGGGCAGUGAAAAUAUGAUUGUUUUUAAAAAAGUGGUCUUGUGUCUCACUUUACCCCAGCUUACCCCAGAUCCUUGUGGUAUUUUGAUGAAAAUAUGUUACAGACCUUUCAUUAAGACCCCAAGGAACCAUAUCAACCUUGGUAAAAUGGGCAUAAUAUGUCCCCUUGAAUGUAUUUGUAGAUGUACUUUCUUCUGUACUUCAAGCUGAGUUUUAAUUGUAAAAUGUCUUACAAAUGGAUUUAUGAUAGAGACGGUUCAUGUGUGAUAAAGAAUUAUUGUUUCAAAAAGAGAAACA